AUGGCAGACGUCCCCGGCCAAGUCCCCGGCCGAUCAGGCACAGCUGAGCCUGGCUCCAGCAAUGCGGCGCCCACCAAGAAGAAGAAGACGCACCGCGGCACCAAGGGGAAGAGGAAGAAGGACAGAAGAAAGUCCUUUGCCGUUCACAACGACGACAUGAACCAAGACGAGCCCGCCACCGCCGGCCCCCACCCCAGCAGCUUCUAUGCCCAAGACCGCAACCUCAGUGGUACCAGUCUGGACAGCGAGGCCCUGCUCGACCACAGAGACCAGCCGCGUUUCAUUCGACCUCGGCGAAGCUCUACCGUUACUCAGAUGCACAACACCCAACAACCAUUGCCAAGCAGCAGCAGGCUCCGUACCGUCCGCGAUGGAAGUCCUGCAGGCGACGAGGACGACGAGGCCAACGGGGAUGAGAGGGCACCCCUCCUGUCCGCCUCGACCCGCAUGCGCUCCGAGCCGGCCAUGCCCUUUCAGGGGUUCGGCUCGACCGAUACCAGGAAGGAUCGGCCAUCAAGCCGGCGGGAAUCAAGCAGGGCCAGCGGCAGGAAGGACUUCAGGAAUAUCCCCUUCACUCCUGUUGGUACCGAGCGUUACGAUGUCAACUACCCACCAUCAAUGCCCGGGUCUCCGAGGCUUGGUGGUCUGGAAAGAGACUUGAGGUUCGAGGAUGCCAUGUUGAUGGAUGAGCUCAGCUCGCCUCACCAUGAAGGUAGCUUCAUGGAUGACCUACUGCGCUCUCCAUCUAGCCCGCAGGGCCCAUCGACCCCGUACGAGAGGCGGCACACCUUCUCAUUCCAGGCCGAGGGAGACGUCUGUUUUCCCCAGGAGGGCAUGUCGGAGCUGGCAGAUGACGAGGUUCGUGAGAUGCGCGAGCAACGUGCACGUACCAGGCGGCGGAAGAAGAGAUGGCCUGUUCUGUCCGUCCUCGACGAAUGGAGCCGGCUCGAAAAAGAAGGUCGCAACGAAGAACGAAGAACCAAGAUGAUCACGGAGCCUCAGUUGGUCAACGGGAGACUGCGCCCUGUCCAUAAAGGCUGGUUCCAGCCCGAAGAGGACGCCCCGUACCGCUUCACGUACUUCAACGAAGAGUUCAACAGCACGAUACACAGCUCCACUAUCUCCGAGCUCGUACAGGCUGAGGGACAAGGGGCUAACUUCCGGGAGCUAUUCGUGCCGGAUAGACCCAUCUUGGAAGACUCGUCAGAAUCAGAGAGUGAGGACGACGAUGCCCAACAGCAAGCUACCAUUAUGCGGAGGGCAUUGAGCGGCCAGAACGGCGAAUCAAAGGGACCCACACGCCAGGCCUCUGUGGCCGCAAGUGUGCGAGGAAGCUCAGAUGUGGCCCGAGAAGAGACGUUGUCCCCAAAGGCUACCCAGGAGGGACAGCGGCACCCGAGACAAACAUCUGGUGAUGCCACUCCUUCGCAGCCGAGAUCCGUGACGUCUGCCCCGCCAGUCAAUGAGGCCAAACCCGUCCGGUACGGAGAGCGACCGGUGUGGUGGCUUGACAUAAUGUGCCCAACGGACGCAGAAAUGCUGGUUCUCCGAAGGGCCUUUGGCAUCCAUCCGCUCACGGUCGAAGAUAUCAUGCUACAGGAGGCGCGGGAGAAGGUUGAACUGUUCCACAACUACUACUUCAUCAACUAUCGUACCUUCAACCAAGAUGCGACAAGCGAGGAUCACCUGGAGCCUGUCAACUUUUAUGUUAUCGUCUUUAGGGAAGGCGUUCUGAGCUUUCAUUUCUCCCCAACCCCGCAUUCAGCAAAUGUUCGGCGACGGAUCCGCAUGCUGCGAGACUUUAUGGUCCUCUCGUCGGACUGGAUCUCAUAUGCUAUCAUCGACGAUAUCACCGAUGUUUACGGACCCCUCAUCCAGAAUAUCGAAGAAGAGGUCGAUGAGAUCGACGCCGCGAUCGUGAGGCUUCAUUCCGAGGAGGACCCAACGAGUAAAGAUAAGCCGAAGGGUGAGAAGUCUCACCACGAUGCGUCAAAGUCCGAAGCAGGAGCUACAACCUUCGACUCCGGCGGAGAUAUGUAUCGUAGGGUUGGAGAGUGUCGCAAGAAAGUCAUGGGCCUCUACAGGCUACUUGGCAACAAGGCGGACGUUAUCAAGGGCUUUGCCAAACGGUGCAACGAGCACUGGGAGGUAGCGCCCCGCUCGGAAAUUGGACUGUUCCUGGGCGACAUUCAGGAUCACAUCGUGACCAUGACCGGCAACUUGAGCCAUUAUGAGAUGAUUCUCGCCAGGUCACACCAAAACUAUCUCGCCCAGAUCAACAUCCGGAUGAACGAGCGGGCGGAGCAGACCGCCGACGUCCUCGGGAAGCUCACGGUGCUCGGCACUAUCGUUCUGCCCAUGAACAUUAUCACGGGUCUGUGGGGCAUGAACGUGUGGGUGCCCGGGCAGGACUACGAGGACGACCUUACAUGGUUCUGGUGUAUCACCGCUGGGCUUGUCCUCUUUGGACUGGCCUGCUACCUAAUCGCCAAGAGAGUCUACAGGAUUGUGUAG